AUGAAAAGAAGAACUGGAUCACCGCCACCAAAAUUGAAGAAGAAAAUAACGAAAAAUGAGGUUGGUUUCAAUAUUUUUUCGAAUUUUUGGCUUUGAAAAUAAAUUGUAAAUUUUUUCAGCCAAAACCUGAGCGAUUUAGCGUAAUUCCAACACCCAAAAUUUUCGUGGUCGGAUGUAUUUUGUCGAUUUUCGGAGCCAUGGGAUUGGCACAUCUUGUUGUCAAGCCGAAGAUUAAUGCAGAGUGUUUUGAGUGAGUUUUUUCUGUGAAUUUUACAGGGAACAUGGUCAAAUUUGUUCUAAAAAUUUUAAUUAAAUUUUUGAAGGGCAAUAAUCAUGAUUAGACUCAAAAUGACCAGAAAAACCCAAAUUUUCCUCUCAAAACCAUCUAAUUUCCAGUCUUGGUGAACCAAUAGCUUUGGAAGGUGUUCUCAAAGUCAACGAUCUUAUAACAAAUGCCGAAAUUCUUCUCGAAGAUCAAGUUUUCGGCCCCGAAUCCCUCGCAAUAAAUUCCAAAAAUGGUCUACUUUACACUGGUCUAAAAACCGGAUUAAUUUGUGAAAUCGACGCGAGUUUGAAGAAUCCUCGAAUUCUUCGAGCAGUUCGGCUAACUUCGGUUGAGAAUUGUGAUGGAAGUUAUAGUCAAAUGGAUAAAUGUGGAAGGCCUUUGGGAAUGAGAUUUAAUGAACAUGGAGAAUUAUUGGUGGUUGAUGCUUAUUUGGGAUUGUAUGCUAUUAAUUGGGAUGAUGGUGAGUUUGGCGGGGAAAUUUCAAAAAAAAAUUACAUUUUUCGCUAAGAAAAUAGAGCUAAUAUGAGCAAUGCAUAAUAAUUUUUGGGCUUUAUUCAGAAAAAGUAUAAUAUGAGAAAUCCUUUAAAAUUCUGAAUAUUGAAAAAAUAAGAUAAUGAGAUUAAAUCUCGAAAUUAAUUGGAACUAUAAUCUGAGCGAUUCUUAGACAUUUGGAUCAUUUUUCAAAGGGUUUAUCAUGAGAAAUGCUCUGGUUUUCGUUUUGGAUGAGUUUGAUAUGAGCAAUCAUAAAUGUAUAAAUGUGAGCUUUUUUGAAAAGAGCAGACAUGUCGUUUUUGCUGAAUUCGGGCCCCUAAAGCCCGCUCAAUUUAUCACGGGCCCGGCUGGCCCGGCCUUAUGAAAAUUUAAAAGCGGCCGGGGUUGGCCUCGCCCAAACAAUAUUUUUGAAUGGCCAAUUUCAGAUUUUUUUUUUUGAUGUUUUCGAUGUUGGAUUGUAUUUAUAUGAGUAAAAAAUCAAAUUAGAAUGUGAUAUUUUGCUAAUAAAAAUAGAAAUAAGUAACAAAUCGAAAAAUAAAAUGCAAAAAUUUCAAAAUUCAAGUGAAUUCUCUUCCACAUACAUAUUAUUUUACUAUAUUUACUCUUUACAAUGUUUGAAAUUCAUUAAAAAUUCCUUUUUGACCACGAAAAACUUAUUUUUUCAAUGAAAAAAAAAUCGAAGAAAAAAUAAGCGGGCCCCAAAAUCGGGCCAGCGAAAGCCGCACAUGUUAAAAUCGGUUUUCGGCUGAAAAAAGCCCGAUUUUUUGUGUUUACUUCGGGCUCAGCCCGGCCGGCCCGGCCUGCAGCGACAUGUCUGAAAAGAGUAUAACCUGAGCGAUGCUCAAAAUUUUUUUUAAUAAAUAUUAUUUCGGGGAAAAAACUAGAUUUUCUUUUAUAUAUUGUUUUCCAUAAACAUACGUCGCAUACCCUAGUUUCAAAUCCGCCAGGGCAUACCCCUAUUUUUGAAAAUUUUCGGCGAACGGGAUAACCCCCCCCCCUUUUUUUCAUUUUUUUUUUCAUUUCCAGCUAUAGAAAUCUGAAAAUUUCUUAAGCUCAGAAUUUACAUCAAUGAGGCAAAUAGUGAAUUUUGAACUUGAGUUAGGGGGAGCAUUCCUUUAUUAGACCCUUAUCAACUAUGCUCCACAAUAAAAUCCAAAGAAUUAAGCCUUGUAUCAAGAUGGAACCACUAUGUCAUUUUUUCACAUAUCAACUGACAGUUAGUAACUGUAAUAUUUGCAAAAAUUAUGAUUAGGUGACAAUGUACAGUUAUUCAAAAUUAAUAAAGGCAUGCUACCCCUAACUCAAGUCUAAUUUUUAUUGGUAUUCAUUAGAUAUUAUUACACCCCUACUGACUUUUUAUCCCUGUGUUCUUUGAUAACAGAGGUGAAAAAUGACAUAGUGGUCCCAUCUUGAUACCAGGCUUAAUUCUUUGGAUUUUAUUGUGGAGCAUACUUGAUAGGGGUCUAAUAAAGGCAUGCUACCCCUAACUCAAGUCUAAUUUUUAUUGGUAUUCAUUAGAUACCCCUACUGACUUUUUAUCCCUGUGUUCUUUGAUAACAGAGGUGAAAAAUGACAUAGUGGUCCCAUAUUGAUACCAGGCUUAAUUCUUUGGAUUUUAUUGUGGAGCAUAGUUGAUAAGGGUCUAACAAAGGCAUGCUACCCCUAACUCAAGUCUAAUAUUCAUUGGUAUUCAUUAGAUACCCCUACUGACUUUUUAUCCCUGUGUUCUUUGAUAACAGAGGUGAAAAAUGACAUAGUGGUCCCAUCUUGAUACCAGGCUUAAUUCUUUGGAUUUUAUUGUGGAGCAUAGUUGAUAAGGGUCUAACAAAGGCAUGCUACCCCUAACUCAAGUCUAAUAUUCAUUGGUAUUCAUUAGAUAUUAUUACACCCCUACUGACUUUUUAUCCCUGUGUUCUUUGAUAACAGAGGUGAAAAAUGACAUAGUGGUCCCAUCUUGAUACCAGGCUUAAUUCUUUGGAUUUUAUUGUGGAGCAUACUUGAUAGGGGUCUAAUAAAGGCUUGCUACCCCUAACUCAAGUCUAAUAUUCAUUGGUAUUCAUUAGAUACCCCUACUGACUUUUUAUCCCUGUGUUCUUUGAUAACAGAGGUGAAAAAUGACAUAGUGGUCCCAUCUUGAUACCAGGCUUAAUUCUUUGGAUUUUAUUGUGGAGCAUAGUUGAUAAGGGUCUAACAAAGGCAUGCUACCCCUAACUCAAGUCUAAUUUUUAUUGGUAUUCAUUAGAUACCCCUACUGACUUUUUAUCCCUGUGUUCUUUGAUAACAGAGGUGAAAAAUGACAUAGUGGUCCCAUCUUGAUACCAGGCUUAAUUCUUUGGAUUUUAUUGUGGAGCAUACUUGAUAGGGGUCUAAUAAAGGCUUGCUACCCCUAACUCAAGUCUAAUAUUCAUUGGUAUUCAUUAGAUACCCCUACUGACUUUUUAUCCCUGUGUUCUUUGAUAACAGAGGUGAAAAAUGACAUAGUGGUCCCAUCUUGAUACCAGGCUUAAUUCUUUGGAUUUUAUUGUGGAGCAUAGUUGAUAAGGGUCUAACAAAGGCAUGCUACCCCUAACUCAAGUCUAAUAUUCAUUGGUAUUCAUUAGAUAUUAUUACACCCCUACUGACUUUUUAUCCCUGUGUUCUUUGAUAACAGAGGUGAAAAAUGACAUAGUGGUCCCAUCUUGAUACCAGGCUUAAUUCUUUGGAUUUUAUUGUGGAGCAUACUUGAUAGGGGUCUAAUAAAGGCUUGCUACCCCUAACUCAAGUCUAAUAUUCAUUGGUAUUCAUUAGAUACCCCUACUGACUUUUUAUCCCUGUGUUCUUUGAUAACAGAGGUGAAAAAUGACAUAGUGGUCCCAUAUUGAUACCAGGCUUAAUUCUUUGGAUUUUAUUGUGGAGCAUAGUUGAUAGGGGUCUAAUAAAGGCUUGCUACCCCUAACUCAAGUCUAAUAUUCAUUGGUAUUCAUUAGAUACCCCUACUGACUUUUUAUCCCUGUGUUCUUUGAUAACAGAGGUGAAAAAUGACAUAGUGGUCCCAUCUUGAUACCAGGCUUAAUUCUUUGGAUUUUAUUGUGGAGCAUACUUGAUAGGGGUCUAAUAAAGGCUUGCUACCCCUAACUCAAGUCUAAUAUUCAUUGGUAUUCAUUAGAUACCCCUACUGACUUUUUAUCCCUGUGUUCUUUGAUAACAGAGGUGAAAAAUGACAUAGUGGUCCCAUAUUGAUACCAGGCUUAAUUCUUUGGAUUUUAUUGUGGAGCAUAGUUGAUAGGGGUCUAAUAAAGGCUUGCUACCGCUAAUUUAAUUAGAUAUUUAUGUGGAAACUUUUUUGAGGCUUGAAUUGGUAUCCCUAUGGCAGAAUAUGUAGAGAAAAUUAUCAUCAAAACUGAGAAAGUUUCAUAAAAUUUUUUAUCUCAAGUGACAACCCCCUCCAACAUUUGGUGUGAGGGAUAACCCCUCCACGGGUCGAUUACCCCUGGCAUGCGACGUAUGUCCAUAAACCUAUCCUAAUAUGAGCAAUACUUCAAAAAUAUCUUGAAAAUCGAAUUUGUCUGCAAAUGUCUCAAUUGCCACGUCAUAACACAAAUUUUUCCAGAAAAAACCGUGAAAAUCCUCGGAGCUGGCGAACUUCCAAUCAACGACGAAAAUGCUCCACCAAUUCGAUAUUUGAAUGAUUUCGAUUUCCUGCCCGAUGGUCGAAUUGUUCUCUCCGAAUCCUCGACAAAAUUCGAUGAUCGCGAUGUGAUUUAUGAUAUUUUUCGAGCAUCGACCAAAUGGUCGAUUAUUGAUUUAUGAUCCGAGGAAAAAGGAUUUGCGAGUUUUGAAAGAUGGAUUGUAUUUUCCGAAUGGUGUUCAAGUUGUUGUUGAGAAAGGAGUUGGAAAAAAUGAUCCGAUUCGAGUAUUUUAUAGUGAAAUGGGAUUGGCUAGAAUUAUGACUAUUUGGUUGGUUUUUUUGACGGAGGAGGAUUGCUCAUGAUAGAAAAAAAUUACCUGAAACUACAAUUUUUACUCAACAAAUUAAAUUUUUGAAAGUGGACUAACAUGAGCAAUAAAAAUAACUACUUUAGUAUGAGCAAUGCUGUAUUUUCCCUCUGAUUUCUUUUGAUAAUCGUGUUUUAUUAAAAGUUUGUGUUUUUUCAACAUUGCUCAUAUUAAUCGGGUGUUUUGUAUAAUCUUAGCAUUGCUCAUGUCAAGAUUUUCUCAGAUUUUGAAGAAAAAUAUUAACAUUGCUCAUAUUAACCCUCAUAUAAUCAAUUUUACAGGGUUCCAAAUGAUCCCUACUCAAAAUCACCAAUUCGAACCAAAGUGCUCAUCGACAAUCUUCCCGGAUAUCCCGAUAAUAUUCGAUUGACACAAAAAGGUACGGUAUUAGAGUACAGUACUCCAGAAGAUUACUGUAAUUUGAUUGAUUGUAUUUAUUUAGGUUCCCAAUUAUUGGUACCAAUUCCGGCGCAACGAACAAAAGAUGAUCGAUUUUUGGAGAAAUUGCCACGUGUCAGAGAAUAUGUGACAAAGGUGAGAGAGAGAGAGACGCAGAGAAACAGAGUACUGUGGGCUGGAGAUUUUCGUGUCAGGACCUUGACUAAUUCUCGUGUUGAGACCGUAGCAAAGCAAAACUACAGUAACCUUCCAACCUACAGUAAUCUGAGCCUGAAAAAAUGAAAUUUAAAAAAAUCACAAAUACAGUAACCCAGUUCAAAAGCCAGAAGAUUUUUGUAAUUUUUUUUUGAAAAAAAAAUAAAACAACACUACUUUUGAUCUACAGUAAUCCAAAAUUACAGUACUCUGAGCUUUAAUUAACAGCAAUAAAACUACAGUACUCCUCUAAAUUUCCCUCCAAGACCCAAAUAUAUGUUUUCCAGAUCUUCUCUCCUCAACUUUUCAAUUGGCUCGCUCAAUCUCUCUCAAAUUCAAAUGGACUUGUCCUAAAAAUCAACAUCGAAACUGGCUCAAUUUCACAAUCUUAUCAUGAUUCAACUGGAAAAUUCCAAGGAAUAACAAGUGCAAUUGAUGAAGGAAAUGGAUAUAUGUUAUUAGGAAAUGAUGAAAAUUAUUGGGUUGCUAGAGUUAAAAUUUGA